UGGGUGGGGCGUUCAAGGUGUGUCCGGAUUAUUGACACGCCGCCAGCUGCGGGUGCGCGCAAAAGGUGUUUAUGGACUAGGAGAAGCAGCAGGAUUGUUUCCCUCUUCUGCAUUCAACUUUCGAUCAUUAUCUGGACGACUGUUUUUCCUUUAGCGUGGCGGAAGGCUGCCCUGUAGCGUCGCUUUAAGUGGGCAAAGUGCACUUGCCUUAACAAAAGAUGGCGAAUGCUAUCAUUUUCAUCGCGAGUGUGACGCUGAUCCUCGCCGGAGUUGAGUCGUGCUUUGUCCCCAGCUUGCUUUACGUCCCGGUGCCUCAAACUAUCCCGACCGGGCGCGAGAUAACGAGAGUCAAUGUGGCGGACUGUGCUAGCGUUUCUUCCAACGACCGCACGUUUGCGGUUUGGUCCAACGGCUCGGUGACGGCCAUGGCUCCCGUCACUGUUCCGUCCAAAGGCCGGACUUUUUCCGUCCUGGUUCAGGACUUGAAUGGACCCCAGCUGCGAAUGGAAGUCAUUCUUAUCGCCAGUCCCAUGUUGAACAGACAGCCCACUGAUGUGUUGAAACGCUCCAAAAGACGCUGGAGCCCUCCGCCCUUCCACAUCUUGGAGAACCAGUCGGGUCCAAAGGAUAUUGAUCGGCUGGUGUCCGACACUGAAGCAAAGUUUGCGGUGCGCUACACCCUUACUGGCCCUGGUUUCGACAAGAGCCCUGUAGGGUAUUUCGACUUUGACGAAGUCAGUGGAAUGUUGACGCUGCUGAAGGCGGUUGAUCGAGAGGAGUACCCGCAAUUUACUUUGACAGCCAAAGUUUUCGACAAAGAAACCGGAGCGCAGACAGAUUUGCCUCUACCUAUCACUGUCUAUGUAGAUGACGUGAACGACAACGCGCCACAGUUUCAAGGCACAAUGCAGUUUACCGUACUUGAGCAGAGCAUAGCAGGCACAAAUCUUGGCAAGGUGAAUGCUACCGACAGAGACCAAGAAGGCACCGACCAUGUGAAGAUCCGCUAUUCCCUUUUGAACGAAUUAGACAAAUUUGCCAUCAACGCUGAGACAGGUCACAUCACAAUACGUACUAAUGCAUUGGAUAGGGAGACCAAAGACAAGUAUAGCGUGACAGUGCAGAUUAAAGAUCGGGACGGAAAAGACACCGGUUUGAUCACGACAGGUGUGGCGACCAUCCUUGUUGGUGACAUCAACGACAACCCGCCAACCUUCACAAAGUCAUCGUUUCAAGCCACAGCAAAGGAGAAUGAAAUUGACAAACUUCUACUCCGACUUCCUGUUGAAGAUAAAGAUUUGAAAGACACACAAAACUGGAAGUCAAAAUUUGUGAUCACAAAGGGAAAUGAAGGUGGCAAUUUCCGUAUGGCUACAGACCCCAAAACAAAUGAGGGGCUUUUGUAUGUCUCUAAGCCAUUAGAUUAUGAGACGACCAAAACUGUGAGGCUCGACAUCAUGGCCUGCAACGAAGCCGACCUGAUCGGCACCACGGCCCGAUGGAAUUCUGUGCCUGUGGACUUGACUGUCACCGACGACGAUGAAGGCCCAGAAUUCACGGCGCCUACCGUCCGCUUCAUCGUAAAAGAGAACACACCAAACGGCACACUCAUUGGAACUUACAAAGCCGUAGAUCCGGAAACCAAGAGCAGCAACGGCAUCAAGUAUUUCAAGGUUACAGAACCUGCCGGCUGGAUCAAUGUGGAUAGGAACAAUGGAGAGCUGACGGUUGCAAACACCAUCGACAGAGAGUCUUCCUUUGUCAAGGAUGGAAUUUACAACAUCAGCAUGAAAGCCGUUGAUGCAAGUUCUAAGACUGGCACAGGCAUGGUAAUCAUCCAAGUGGAGGAUGUGAAUGACAACGUGCCAACAGUGCCCACUAGUGAAAUGGUGCUGUGUGAAAAAGAAGGAGAUCUUGGCUCAGUGGUGGUUGGGGCUAAAGACUCGGACCAAUCUCCAUUUUCGGCACCCUUUUCUUUUGGUCUGCCUGCUGACAAUGAUGGGAAAUGGUCUGUGACCAGAUUUAAUGACACUGCAGCUACGUUGCAGCAGCUCAAAUCACUUCCUAUGAAGGUCCACAAAGUUCCAGUGGUAAUCAAAGACCUGCAGGGCAACGGACAAACCCAGGUAGUGAAUGUAAGGAUCUGCCAGUGCAGGAAUGGCGCCUGCUUGACCAAGCCGUGGUCAGCCUCACUCGGCCCGCUCGGUUGGCUGACUUUGUUGCUGCCUCUGUUGCUGCUACUGCUGCUAGUGUUGCUGCUCACCUUUUUCUGUAAGACAAGGGCGGAAAACAUUCAGCUGGAGGAUACAGCUGAUGGUGGUGGAAUCCUGAUCAAAUCAAACACGGAAGCACCAGGGGAAGAAGUGGAUUCAAGUCUCAUCAAGGUCCCCAUCUCGAGCGCUGACGAUUGGGCGAUAAAGAGCACCAGCACAAUUGGACGCCAAGACGAUGGCAUGUACAAGGGCUUCGUUUCCACUGAAAUGAAAGACGUCUACUCCAGGCAAUACGACAGCCAGUAUGGUACUCAGCAGCUCAACUACGACGCAAACUUUCUCAGCACCUGGCAAACAAAUGGACACUAUUUGCACCAGAAACUCGGCUAUUUUGCAGGGGAGGAGGACGGUCGAUAUGCGGACGACAUCGUCCACCAAUACGGCUAUGAGGGAGUGGGCUCGCCGGCCGGCUCGGUGGGCUGCUGCAGCGACGAUGGCGACAACGAAAACCUAGACUUCCUAAACACACUCGGACCAAAGUUCAAACCCCUCGCAGGCAUCUGCAAAAAGACAUGAACAAUAUGACGGAAAUUAAGUGUUUUGCUUUUUUUUUUUCGGUGCACAGGAUGCAAUAGGGGUCAUUGGGGUGCCAGGCUCCCCCCCUCUCAUGCCACCUGAACAUGAAUGAAAGGAUCGAGAGAGUUGCGUGUUUCCCUGCUGCUUUUUCCUUAGUCCCAAGCACUGAUAACCUUCUCGACACUGUCAACUGUACAUAAUAUUUACGCUUGGUUUUGCUGGUUGCUACUAUUUUAUAUGGUAUUUUGGGUUUUACUAAUUCCAUGUGUUUAUGGUAAACUACUUCGGCUGUGCAAAGUGUAAUUUGCUAUUUUUUAAAAUGUUUCCCUCAAUUUUAAGAGUUUUGAUAUUUUUCUAUUAUUAAUAAUUAUGAAUUAAGAUUAAUGUAGAGUUUUCUUAGGCUGGAUUCAGAAUUGUUUGGUUCACUGGUCCAGACCAAAAAUAAAAAUAUACUUUGUGCGCAAUUUGAUGAAGUUUGCUUAACGUUUCACAUUCAUCAUAGAACAUGGACAACUUUCGUGACAGAUAUAAAACAAUCCACGCACUAAAUGCCGUCUGCUCAGUUAAAUACAUUGUAGCUUUUAUAUUUUGCUAUAUUUAGCAGGUUAGGGCAGCACGGUGGGACAGGGGCUAGUGCAUCUGCCUCACAAUACGAAGGUCCUGAGCAGUCCUGGGUUCAAUCCCGGGCUCGGGAUCUUUCUUUGUGGAGUGUGCACGUUCUCCCUGUGACUACGUGGGUUCCCUCCAGGUACUCCGACUUCCUCCCACUUCCAAAGACAUGCACCUGGGGAUAGGUUGAUUGGCAACACUAAAUUGGCCCUAGUGUGUGAAUGUGAGUGUGGAUGUUGUCUAUCUGUGUUGGCUAUGCGAUAAGGUGGCGACUUGUCCAGGGUGUACCCCGCCUACCGCCCGAAUGCAGCUGAGAUAGGCUCCAGCGACCCCAAAAGGGACAAGCGGUAGAAAAUGGAUAAAUGGAUAGCAGAUUUGAUUUCCACAAAAGCAACCUGAGCGCAAAGGUUUGGACACACCUUCUCAUUCAAUGCAUUUUCUUUAUUUUAAUGGCUAUUUACAUUGUAGAUUGUCACUGAAGGCAUCACAACUAUGAAUGAACACGUGGAGUUAUGUACUUAACAAAAAAAGGUGAAAUAACUGAAAACAUGUUUGAUAUGCUCUGAUUACUGCUUUGCACCCUCUUACACCUGUGAAGUGAAAACCAUUUCAGGUGGCUAUCUCUUGAAGCUCAUCGAGAGAAUGCCAAGCGUGUGCAAAAAAAAAAGUAAUUAGAGCAAAGGGUGGCUAUUUUGAAGAAACUAUAAUAUCAAACAUGUUUUCAAUUAUUUCACCUUUUUUUGUUAUCACAUAACUCCAAAUGUUUUCAUUCCUAGUUUUGAUGCCUUCAGUGACAAUCUACAAUGUAAAUAGUCAUGAAAAUAAAGAAAACGCAUUGAAUGAGGAGAAGGUGUGUCCAAACUUUUGGAUAUGAAAGAGGCCUGGGUCGGAUAUGAAGCCUUCACUGACAUGAAAAAAUCCGAUACAGGUCGGAUAUAGGCAAACUAAUCGGAAUUUACCUGCAUUGCGAACUAGGCCUAAAGUUCCCUUGCAAUUGAUCUCGAUCUGCUUGUUCGAUGCACAACUCGUUUGAAGUGAACCAAAAAUGACAAGCGUGAACGCACCCUUAAAGACGUUUGAGAGGAAAAUGCUUAAUGGAUUGCUUGUUUCUGCAACCCUACGAGAUUUGUGGUGUAUUCCGGUGACGGUCACCGUUAAUGAAUGUUAAAAGAGGGUGUGGUUGCGACAGUCGUCAGCAGUUAUUGCAACAUUCUGCUUAACGUGUGAAAGUCAGCACAAAGGCGAGUGAGGCACGACUCGCACAGGCCUGACAAGAAAACAGAAGUGGUUUAACAGAGGACUCACAGAAAACCUUGCAUUUCCAUACAGGUUUCUACUUUUCCUUGAACGUUCUCAUCUAAUGAUGAAUGUACACAGGUAUAAGUGGCUUAACUUAUUGAACAUUUGAUUUCAGCAGUCUGAAUGUCGUUGGGGGAUUCUCCUCGCAGCUGUAAAACUAAUAAUAAAAUGCUCUCGUGUA